CCCCUGCUCCUGCCCUCCACCAGGCACUUGUAUCUCCUCCUGCAUCCCCAAACCACCAGCCGUGGAGCAGACAACAGCUCAAAUAUUUGUGGGGCUUUUCCUACCUCUCCCAAGGCUGCAUUGUCCCUGCAUCGUCCUGUGGCCUGAAGUGACAAGGAGCAAGGGAACUGGGACCACCCUGCCUUUCUGGAUGCAGGCAUGGAGCAGGGCUGGAAGAGCAGAUGGCAUCACAAGGCUGUUUACUGAGAGGCAGAGAGGAGAAGAAGAAGAAUAGGAAGUGCUAUCAGCUUGCUGACAUAAACUACUCACAAAGCACCCCAGACUAGGAAACCUGCUACAGGACGUUGAAGGGAUGAAGGAUCAGAGGAAGAGACACCAUAGCAGAAAAGACAGAUGAAGCUUUUACCUCUCUGUUAGCUCUACCAAAGCCUGAGCAGUUUCUUCCACCUUCCUUUGGGGAGCUCCUCAAAGCAUCUGUUAGAAAGCAAAGCUGCUCCAGCCCCCAAGGACUGGGAGGAGGGAAAGAUACCACCUUUUCUAAGAAGGGCUGAAGAAACUUCAGGGAAAAGCCGACUGCUGAAUCUGCUGCUGUCUGUGCAGGGACAGGGCCUGUGGGCAUGUGGGGGGGCUCCUGUGGAGGGGCCCCCACCAUUGAAGCAGCACUUCCUAGGGAGUCUGGGCUCAGAGUGCCCACACUGCUUCCCCUAAAAAAUUCCAGUCAGCUUUCAGACCAGUUUUUAAAGGAACUUGCUGGUCAACAGGGAAAGUCCUUACUUGGCUCCAUAAUUAGUAUGAAAACAGGAAAGAGGGUGUAGGAGUCAGCAGUCCGUUUUUGCUGUGAAAAGAGAUCUUUGUAUCUGUCACAUGUUUUUUCAACACAUUCAUGAGUGACCUGGAAAAGAGAAUAAGAUGACAGGGCUUUGCUGAGGUGAUUGGAUUACUCAGGUUCAUGGGGACAAGUGCCAUCUAGGAGGAGUGCUGACAAUCAUUACAACAUCAGGCAACUGAAAUUCAGUUUAGAUAAAUAUCAAGUCACAGACAACGGGGGAAGGGAAGAAGCCCCAGAUCCACAAACAAGAUUAUGCACUGAGACAGCCAUGAGCCAGCCAUUCACAGAAAGGCCUGGGGCUAUUUCAGAUAUGAAAACACACACUGUAAUCUUUCCCAGUUACAAAGCAGAAAGCCUUGUGCCACUCUUCAAAUUAUUGUCUCACCCCCACACAAGUCCCUGUGUGCCCCCAGCACCAGCAUCUCUGGAAGGAUCAAGAGGAGCCAGGGAAGAUUUGGAGAAAAGCAACAAGGAGGACUGAAGGCAUGGAGCCAUGCCUGAAUGACUAAGUGAGCUAAAAUUUCUGUUUGGAAAAUGUGCUGUUGGGUGGAUACAAUCUAGGCCUGUAAAGCAGCCACUCCAAUGUUCAUCUACCCUUUGACGCUGAAGGCAAAGGAACCCUGGUGAGGCCCUGCAUGUGGGGAGAGCUGCUGCCCCCUUUCAGAAGCUUCUGAGUUGAAGUGGGAAGCAGGAUUUCACAGAAGUGAAACCCACCAUGGCUACAAAACACAAACAUCAUCUCCCUUCCAGCUUGGAGGCUGAGGGAACAGUUGGGCAGUUAGUGCCCAUUUACUGUGCCACAUUUACUCUUUCCUAGCAUCUGCUUUUGUCCUCUGAUGGAGACCAGCCUUUGAGCUGGACCAGCCUCUGCUUUGCCUCAAGGCACCUGCCUACCUUUGUUUUGGGAGGACUUGUUUUUGUCUCAGCACUGCAGCAGUGGUGCACAACAGUGCACUCUCAUCCGUCUUGUGAAAUACAAGCGUGUGUCCUCAAGCUGGUGGCUGAAGGUGGAGAUGGAAUUCCCUGCACCCAGCACAAGACGGAGAGCAGCCAUAAGACUUGCUGGGACCUGUGCUGACUGUUGCCACACAAGAUGACAGCAAGAGAUGGGCCCCAAGAUAGGUACAAGGCUGUCUGGCUGAUCUUCUUCAUCCUUGGCCUGGGAACACUGCUGCCAUGGAAUUUCUUCAUGACUGCCAGGGAGUAUUUCAUCAAUCGCCUUGAGGACCCGGAGGAGAAGAGCCGCGUCAGGAACCAGACUGGUGAGGCCACCUCGACACCCUCCUACCUGCAGUCUGUGUUUGACAACUUCAUGACUCUCUGUGCCAUGGUGCCCCUCCUUAUCUUCACCUGCCUCAACUCCUUCAUCCACCAGUGGAUUCCUCAGCAGAUCCGCAUCUCAGGCAGCCUGGUGGCCAUUGGGCUGGUGUUUUUAGUCACUGCAAUCAUGGUGAAAAUCCAUAUGGAGCCUCUUCCCUUCUUCAUCUUUACCAUGAUCAGCAUUAUCUUCAUCAACUCCUUUGGCGCCAUUCUCCAGAGCAGCCUGUUUGGGCUGGCAGGGCUCCUGCCUGCCAGCUACACAGCCCCCAUCAUGAGUGGGCAGGGUUUGGCAGGCACCUUUGCUGCUUUGGCGAUGAUCUUCAGUAUUGCCAUUGGUGCCCAGCAACCCGAAAGCUUCAUUGGUUACUUCACCACGGCCUGUGUGACGAUCGUGCUGGCAAUUGUUUCCUACGUAGUUCUGCCUCACAUGGAUUUCUUCCGAUACUACUCCAUGAAGGACAAGACAGAGUACCACGUGUAUAAUGCGGAGCUGGAGACCAAGAGAGACCUAAUUAAGAAAGAUGAGAAUGGGAUGGAGCAGAAUAAUUCAAAGAUCAUCCCUAUCCACAACCCUGAUGAGCAGCCCUCUGUCAUUGCUAUUUUUAAGAAGCUCUGGGUCUUGGCUCUGUCUGUCUGCUUCGUCUUCACUGUCACCAUCGGCGUCUUUCCUGCCAUCACAGCUAAAGUGUCCACUGUCCUUGGAGAAGGAAACAAAUGGGGUCUCUACUUCAUUCCUGUCUCCUGCUUCCUGCUCUUUAACGUCUUUGACUGGACAGGACGGAGUCUCACUGCCCUCUUCACAUGGCCCGGGAAGGACAGCUGCCUCCUGCCAGUGAUGGUGGUCCUCCGUGUCAUCUUUGUCCCUCUCUUCAUGCUGUGCAAUGUGAAACCCCGUUACUACCUGCCUGUUGUUUUCUCUCAUGAUGCCUGGUACAUCGUCUUCAUGAUCUUCUUCUCCAUCUCCAAUGGCUACCUGGCCAGCCUUUGCAUGUGCUUCGGGCCAAAGAAAGUGCUUGCGCACGAAGCGGAGACAGCUGGAGCCGUCAUGGCAUUUUUCCUGUCACUGGGUUUGGCCCUAGGAGCUGCUCUCUCCUUUCUGGUCCGAAUUCUCAUCUAGCAGAGGCACACAGAGGGUGCAGGGACACCAAGAGAUGGCUCUGCAUCUUCCACUGAGGCCCUGGACACCUCAGCACUGUGGGGAAAUAACAGCUCACACCUGUCCCUGCCAAAUCACACUGCCACAGCAGACAUUACACCCAGGGAUGGUUCCACCCCUGCAGGGUUGGCCUGGUUCCUGCCACGCUUGGCUGUGUGAUGCCUUCAGGCCUAUGUGCCUUCUCCUUCCCCAUGCUGUGUGUGUUGUAAGACCCCUGGGAUCUCCAAGAGGUCCAGCUGCCUCCCAUGCAGCAUAACUUCCCUGGCUUAAGGCCGAAAGCCAUUUUCAGCCUCUUUGACAGAGUAAAAGGCUGGUAACCAGUGUUACUCCUUCUCUUGCCCUUGUCUCCAAAGCACCUAGGAGAUUCUCUCCUCUCCUAGGGGGCCUGGAAAUAUCCCUCACCCCUCCUCCUGCUGGUAAGACUUGUGAAUGGGGAGGAGAGCCCAGCCAGCCUUGCCAUCCCUGCUCUCUGCUAAACACACAUCCCCCUGCCCAGUGGUAUCCCAAGAGUGUAGACAGUCUCAGAAAGGGCCAACACCAUGGCUAGGCUGAGGAAGGAGGAGGUCUCCACACCCCACCUUCUCCCCCUCUUGCUUCUGUUCCCUUUCUUUUUUUGGUGAUUCUGAUAUUGUUUUUUCAACCUCCUAGUUGUGUGACAGGAGGUUCCACUGUGGGCUACAAGAUGAGAGGCAGCAACUCCCUUCCCAACAAAGCUGCCUUCCCUACCCACCUACAAGGGAAGGCCUUACCUCUCCCUUGGCUUUCCUAUCCCUUGUUGUGUAAAUGUGUCUAUACAGUUGCCAUUUUCUAUAAAAAGAACAAAAUGCUC